AUGGCUCUCCUCCGCCUCUCCUUAGUCGCCAGCACGCUUCUCGGUCUUACCUGUGCCGCCUAUCUCCAGGGACGUCAACCAACUUCCACAAACGAGUACAACCAAUACGCCCUACAAAGCAAACGACAAGCCAUCCUUGAGGACUUUUCCCACAUCUUUUACACCGAAAAGAAUGUCGUGAAAGCAUUCAACAAAUACGUGACGGAAAACUACACCCAACAUAACCCGAACAUCAUGGAUGGAAGACAAGCUGCAGUCGAAGCUUUAACCCCGUUAUUUUCAACAGAGGGUAUGAUCUUUGAAAUACACCAGGCCUUCGUGGGCGGUGACUAUGGACUUGUUCAUGUCAAGGCUGUUACCCCCGGACAGAAUGAUACGGCGGUCAUGGAUAUGUAUCGCUUUGAUGGAUUGAAGAUUGUGGAACACUGGGAUGUAUUGCAGACUAUGACAACUGGAGUCAAUCCUCAUCCGUUCUUUUAA